GCUUGUGCCAUUCAGUGCCACUGUUCUCCCGGCAGAAAUGAGUCAAGUCAGUGCAGUCAGUGGCUUUUGAGAGCCAUCAUGCUUUCAUUAUUGUUUGUGCUGAAAUAAUUUGGGUAAUGCUCUCUGGCACAGCUGGCUAGUCUGGUCACGGAGGAAAAGAGAGGAGAUUUUCUGAAGUGGUGGAUGGAAUAAUAGAAGAUGUUUGGGACAUACUAAAGAACAGCAGCAGAGCAACAACAGCAGAAACUCCAUGUAUUUCAGACAAACUUCUUAGCUUUCUGAAAUCUAUGUCAAUUGCUUAGAACUUGGGUUUUUACUUCAGAGGAUGAUGGGACAAUGGGACAGGGCAGUAGAAGGCGAGGAGAGUUGUGCUGGAUUCUUGGUUGUCUGUCUGCCUCUCCUUCCAGUUGGGAAAAUCUUCAAUCUGCAGGAAGCAUUAUAAACAAGCCUAAAGAACACACUCUACCCUGAUCCUGAAUUCUGUUGGAGUUAAGGAUUACAGCCGCUUCACCAGGAUUUUAUGGCGGCAGUUCAAGAAAAAUAGAAGGAAGCAAUACUUAAGGAUUUCUCUGUUUGAAUUUGUCCUGUGCCAUGUUAAAUUUUAGGCAUUGUUUGGAACAAGUUGAGGACAGCUCUGGCUUGUGGAUCUAAGGAUGCCUGAGUUUCUUGAGCUACCUAUAUGAUGUUUGAAAGAUUGUAAAUUCAAAGUCCUUCAACAUAAAUUUGUUAAAUUCUGGAUUCUCUUUAUAUUAAGGACUUCAACAAAGACUAAGGACUCCCCCAAAGAUACAAAAUAUUCUCUUGUUUUCAGGCUAAAUGUGAACAGUAAUGUCUUGGAAGAGAAAUUAUUUUUCAGGGGGCCGUGGUAGUGUCCAGGGGAUGUUUGCGCCUCGAAGCUCAACCUCUAUAGCUCCCAGCAAAGGCCUCAGCAAUGAGCCAGGACAAAACAGCUGCUUUCUCAACAGUGCGUUGCAGGUUUUAUGGCACCUGGACAUCUUCCGACGUAGCUUUAGGCAGCUUACAACUCACAAAUGCAUGGGAGAUUCCUGCAUCUUUUGUGCUCUCAAGGGAAUCUUUAACCAGUUUCAGUGCAGUAGUGAAAAAGUGCUUCCAUCUGACACUCUCCGCAGUGCCCUGGCAAAGACUUUUCAGGAUGAACAGCGUUUCCAGCUGGGAAUUAUGGAUGAUGCCGCGGAGUGCUUUGAAAACCUCCUGAUGAGAAUUCACUUCCACAUUGCUGAUGAAACCAAAGAGGACAUAUGUACUGCCCAGCACUGCAUCUCCCACCAGAAGUUUGCGAUGACACUGUUCGAGCAGUGUGUAUGUACCAGCUGUGGCGCCACUUCUGACCCGCUGCCUUUCAUCCAGAUGGUGCAUUAUAUCUCCACUACUUCCCUUUGCUAUAACUCUGUACAACUCCUCAAAUCAUCGCCCUUCAACUUCCCAUCUCAAAGCAAUCAGGCUAUUUGUAUGCUGGAAAGACGAGAAAAACCCUCACCAAGCAUGUUUGGUGAGCUGCUGCAGAAUGCCAGCACCAUGGGGGAUCUGCGGAACUGCCCGAGCAACUGUGGAGAAAGGAUUCGGAUUCGCCGUGUGUUGAUGAACGCACCACAGAUUAUCACAAUUGGGCUGGUAUGGGACUCGGACCACUCAGACUUGGCAGAGGAUGUCAUUCACAGCCUGGGUACCUGCCUUAAGCUGGGUGAUCUGUUUUUCAGAGUGACAGAUGACCGGGCCAAGCAGUCUGAACUGUACUUAGUAGGAAUGAUCUGUUACUACGGCAAACAUUACUCUACAUUCUUUUUCCAAACAAAAAUCCGCAAAUGGAUGUAUUUUGAUGAUGCUCAUGUCAAGGAGAUUGGGCCCAAGUGGAAGGAUGUGGUGACCAAAUGCAUCAAGGGGCAUUAUCAGCCUUUGCUGCUGCUUUAUGCGGAUCCCCAGGGUACCCCAGUGUCCACCCAGGACCUGCCCCCCCAAGUUGGGUUCCAGUCAUACAGCAGGACAUGCUACGAUAGUGAAGAUUCAGGGAGGGAGCCCUCCAUCUCAAGUGACACUCGAACAGAUUCCUCAACGGAGAGCUAUCCCUACAAACACUUCCACCAUGAGUCUGUGGUCAGUCACUUCUCUUCUGAUUCUCAGGGGACAGUCAUCUAUAAUGUGGAGACUGAUUCCACGUCUCAGAGCAGUCGGGACACAGGACACCUGACUGACAGUGAAUGUAAUCAGAAACUCCCAUCCAAGAAAGGGUCAUUGAUAGAGCGCAAGAGGAGCUCUGGCCGGGUCAGGAGGAAAGGCGAUGAGCCUCAGGCCUCAGGGUACCACAGUGAAGGAGAAACACUGAAAGAGAAGCAGGCUCCUAGGAAUGCCUCCAAAUCAUCCAGCAGCACCAACAGGCUAAGGGAUUUUAAAGAGACAGUCAGCAAUAUGCUCCAUAGCAGACCAUCCCUGGCUUCUCAGACCACCCUAGGACCUCCUUGUGCAGGGAAGGGAGGAGAACAGACCGACAAAAAACCUCCUCGGAGCCUGCCUUUACACUCUCGUGACUGGGAAGUAGAGAGUACCAGCAGCGAGUCAAAAUCCAGUUCUUCUAGCAAAUACCGUCCAACAUGGAGACCCAAACGAGAGUCUCUGAAUAUUGACAGUAUCUUUAGUAAGGACAAAAGGAAGCACAGUGGCUAUACCCAACUUAGCCCGUUUUCUGAAGAUUCAGCGAAAGAAUUUACACCAGAUGAGUCAAGCAAGCCACCUGCCUGUGACGUUAAAACUGGUGGACCAAGCCCCCAGUACAAGAUCUGGGGCCCAGCACGGCCAGGCUGUCACUUUUUAGAGCAACACCCUCGCCUAAUCCAGCGAAUGGAAUCUGGCUAUGAGAGCAGUGAGAGGAACAGCAGCAGCCCUGGCAGCCUGGAUGCAGCCCUGCCUGAGAGCUCAAGUGUCUGCAGGGAUCCAGGUGCUAAGAGGUCAGCAGGGUUGGCCCCUUCCUGGCGUCACAUCCCUAAGUCUCAUAGUAGCAGCAUCCUGGAGGCAGACUCCACUGUGUCCAGGAGUGGCUGGAUGAAGAACCAGCCCCUUUCAGGUGGGGAGAUAUCUUCCAAAACUGAACUGGAUGAAUUGCAGGAAGAAGUGGCCAGAAGGGCACAGGAACAGGAACUUCGAAGGAAACGAGAGAAGGAAUUAGAGGCAGCUAAAGGGUUUAACCCUCAUCCCAGCCGCUUCAUGGACUUGGAUGAACUGCAGAAUCAGGGGAGGAGUGACGGCUUUGAGAGGUCCCUGCAAGAGGCAGAUUCAGUGUUUGAAGAGUCGCUGCAUCUGGAGCAGAAGGGAGACUGUGCUGCCGCUUUGGCUCUCUGUAACGAAGCUAUCUCUAAACUAAGACUUGCCCUGCAUGGUGCCAGCUCUAGCACGCACAGCAGAGCCCUAGUCGAUAAGAAGUUGCAAAUCAGUAUUCGAAAAGCACGGAGCCUGCAGGAUCGCAUGCAGCAGCAGCAAUCAUCUCAGCCGCCGUCGCAGCCCUCAACCUGCCUCCCCUCACAGGGAGGAGCCCUCCCUCAGCCAACAAGUGAACAGCCUAUCCCGCUCCAAGUAUUGUUAAGCCAGGAGGCCCAUCUGGAACCCUACACGAAUACAGAGUUUGGGGCCAGUACUUUCAUUUACUCACCUGCUUCCUGCCAUGAGCCACACUCGCCAUUAUUCCCAGAGUCAUCCGCCCUGUCUGCUCCACAGCACAAUUCCCCCAGUGGGUCUGCCUCGAACCUUCUUACUUCUGUGGAGGUGGACAGUAUUGACCCCUCUGUGUUCCACAGGCAGGGCUUACCUAAAAUACCAGGGAGAACUGAGAAGAAUUCUCAUCAUGGUUGGGAAUCAGAGGAUGAGCUGCAAAGCUGCAGGGGUGACAAUAGCAGCGGGACCCGGUUCCCCCAACAAGAAGGAAGAGACACCGAUCCAGAACAGCUAUUCCAAGAACAGAGGGAUCCUGCUGACUUAUCCCAGGUGAUGCCUUGGCCGCAGCCAAAUGGAAUAAUAGCCACCUCUGAGAGAGGAGAUGUACACAGUCUAGGCUGUGGUCCUUCAAAUUCAGCAGCUCAGCCUAGCCUUUCUCUGUACAGGGCCUGCCACCCCGUAAAACCUGCUCCUUCCUCAUCUGUGCUUCACUCUUCUAAUACUGUACAGAAAACUAACCAAUGCCUCCAAACCCCAAACCUCAAAACUCCAUUGACUUCAAAUAUGGACCGAGGCAGCGAGGAGCCCUCUAUGCCAGAGUUUCCUACCACCAAGGGGCUUGUCCGCUCUUUGGCAGAGCAGUUCCAGAGGAUGCAUGGAGCCUCCACCAGGGAUGGAACAGGUGCCCAGGAUAGAAGUUUGCCAAAUAGUCUAAGGAAGGACUCUCCACCUUCCGACUGUAAGCCUCCUUUCCCACAGGGUCAAGGGAAAGGCCACUGGUCUUGGGCAAAACAACAACCCUGUUUGGAUAGUAGGAACAAACUGCCUUCCUGGGAAGAGCCUGCUAAUCAUCCUCCUCUUGCCAUGAACUCUGGGCCGCCUAACGGUGAAGCUUCUAGGGGAGGACAGCCCAGAUUGGUAGAGUCAGGUAUUUACCACGGGAAACCGUCUCAAGUGAGAGAUGGUGGGCCUAAGGAGCUGGGCAGCAGUGUCGACUCGGGGACUUCCUUGCCUUUGGAUUCUUGGGUGAAUGUCACAAGGCUCUGUGAUUCUCAGCUUACACAUGGGGUCCCUGGGCCAGGAAUGAAGUCCUCCCCUCAUGAUUCCCUUACCUGUGUAACCUAUCCAGAAAGAAAGCACAUCAUUUUGCAUCCACAUUGGAACCAGGACACAGAGCAGGAGACCUCAGAAUUGGAGUCUCUCUACCAAGCCAGUCUUCAGGUUUCUCAAUCUGGCUAUUCUGGAUGUGGGCAGCAGGAAGUAGCCUGGAACCCACUGAGCCAAACAGGCUCUGCAGAUGGUGUAGGGAGGAGGUUGCACUCAGCCCCUGGCCUUGGUCUCUCAAAGACCCCAACAGCAGAAAUGGAGCACAGUCUCCAUGAAGCCAACGCAGUAUCUGCUUCUCAGGCCGCACCUUGCCAAGGCCCCAGCAGGGAGUGUGGGGAGGAUGAUCAGUAUGGUGCAGAGAACUUUCGGCGCAUCUCACGCAGUCUCAGUGGCACCGUUGUCUCAGAGAGGGAGGAGGUCCCAGUCUCUUCCCACAGUUUUGAUUCAUCAAGCGUGAGGAAAAAGCCUUUGGAAACCCGGCAUCGUUGUUCCAGCUCCUCUUCCCUCCCUGUCAUCCAUGACCCUCCUGUAUUUCUCCUUGGUCCCCAACUCUACCCACCCCAACCACAGUUCCUGUCCCCAGAUGUCUUGAUGCCCAGCAUGGCAGGGGAGCCCCAUAGACCCCCAGGAACUUCGAGGAGUGUCCAGCAGUUUCUGGCUAUGUGUGACAGGGGUGAAACUUGCGAAGGGGUCAAGUACACAGGAAGGACUUUGAACUACCGGAGUCUCCCCCAUCGUUCCAGAACAGAUGCCUCCCGGGGACCAUGGUCAGAGGCCAACCAGCAUAUUGGGGCCAGAUUCCUGACUACUCCAGGGUGCAAGCCUCAGCUAACCCACACUGCCACACUACCAGAAAGACACCAGGACCUUCAGGUUCCUCAUGCUCAGUCCUGGGGGGAUCUUUUCCAUUCACCCUCCCACCCUCCUGUUGUUCACCCUGUGUCGCCACCACCAAGCAGUCUUUGUGUACCCCUGAGGUCAGCUUGGAAUUCAGGUCCUGUUCCAGGGUUUCGAGCCCCUGGUCCUCGAAGAGUAGAUAUGCCCCCAGAUGAUGACUGGAGGCAAAGCAGUUAUGCCCUGCCGUCUAGGCACAGGAGGACAGGGAGAGAGGAGUUUCUGUUUGUCCUAGCAGAUGCCCCUGGCAGAGAACAGGUCAGGGCUAGAACCCUGCAGCAGAGCAGGUGGUAAGGGUUACCCGUUUCCUCUCCUGGAGCCACAGCUUUCUCUGUUAAACUGUACUGCAGCAGAGUUGGCACCCUGCAUCCCUGCCAAGGUUGUGCAAGUCUUAUCUCAAUACAGAGUUGGCAAUUUCUCCCAGGGGUGCCAGGAACCCCUAAGGAGACCUGGCUCUUUGAGGGAAUAUUUGAAACUUCAAUUUCCAUUCACCUAGCAAAAGGAAGCAGCUGCUGUUUAGGGUUUUAUUUGAUCCACUUUAAAGGUGAAUCCAUGUUACUCUGGACGCUAGCCAUUCCUUAGGAUCUUAGGGUCACCAUUUUAUUCUUGAAUACUCUAAGCCCUCAUAUUCUGUUCCCUGUUAUAUUACCAACUUCUAUGCUUUGUUUUAUCCACCUAUCCCUAUUAUCCGACCUUCUGUCUUCUCCAUCCCUCAUCCUUGGAGGGACAUGUAGCCCUGUAUUCUUGGUCCUGACCACAUCAUUCAGGCUAGCCCACCUGCCCAGACUGUCAGCCUUCCCUCAGCCCCCAAACCUUAGGCCUAGAAUGUGGGACUACCAACAUAACAUUUACUCUUCGGAACAAAUGGGAGUCAGGCACACUAACAUACUCUCCUGUCCUCAGCAGCACAGCCAUUACUGCCACUUGCUCAGUCGCCGCUGUAAACCCUCAGAGUCAGCUGAACUAUUUUAGGGCCAAACAUACUGUUUUUUGUAAAGUAUUUUUCAUUAAUAAAUCUAUAAGAUAGUUCUAUUUAA